CGCCAUCAACCGGAUCAACCACCAUGGAGUCACACUUUGAAUCGUCACCUCAAGGAAUUGACGAUGCGCUGCACAAUUUAAUGAGAUGCCUGUCUUCGUACAAUCCGGAAGGCGAUCUCGCGGAAAAGAUGGGUGAUAUGAACCUUGAGGAUGCAGAUGCUGGAGGUCCGCUCGCUACCGAUGCUCUUCUUGAGCGCCUCGACCGUGCAAGGACCCGAGUCUUGGCAUGUCCUUACAGCAUUUCUUGUCGCCUACAGGUCGCAGAGUUGUAUCGAGCCCUUGGUUACCCGGACCUGGCAGCAGGCGAAGCAUACAGGGUACUGUUGCUCGUGGACGAGGUUCUUGAUGAUUCUGGAGAAUACCACGACCAGGCGCUAGAGACCGCAAUCGAAGAGCUAAGCAGCAAAUCGGCCAUUUUGAGAGAAGAAUACGCUGCGGCGCAGACCGCACAGUAUCCGGAUGUUGCUAAACAGCUUGCCAGCUGUAAGGUCGCGGAAGAGACGUCGCAUAUGGAAGCUUCAGAAGAUGAGGUAACCAUGUGGACCGAAACGCUGUGGGCAAAGGCUGCCUACAUCUAUGUCGCAAGCAACUUGUUCGCGUGUGGCUGCAUCAAAAGCGCGUACGAGUUUUGUUUGCGGGGAUUGAAAUCCACGCCCGAUAAUGUCCAUCUACUCUUGCUCAGAAAGAUGCUCGACCGGCGACUUAGAACGUACUUCGAGUCUCGCGGCGCUAGCUUAGAUGACGAAGAUAUCACCAUCGAGGAUUAUCCUGAGCGUACUUGUGUCAGGCGCGAGUUAUACGCUUGGAAUGAUCGCGAACCAGACAGGUACUCACCGGACUCCCUCGCUCUCCUCAAUAAGCAGAUUUCCAAGAUCGCUCCCAAACUAGAAGCACGCAUCACGGAGCUCCCUCUUCUGGUGUCAGACACAGACGGGGCUGCCACGUCAAAGGAAUCCGGACCUACGACGAUAAAGCAAUUGGGAGUGUUUGUCAAACAAGAUAUUCCACCUGGCGAGGUUAUUCUGAACGAAAAGUCCCUUCUCACUGCGAACGCGCGACUGCACGACUCGUACUGCGAUGCCUGUAGUGCAGCUCUUCCAGAUUUGCAAGGUUCAAAUGCAAGUCAGUGUGCAUUCUGCGAUGAAUGCGACGAUAUAGUGUUCUGUAGCAAAGAGUGUCACGAGCUUGCCCAGGAUUCUUACCAUCCAGCCGUAUGCGGGGCUGAUGUUGAAGCUAUCGCUAAGGAUGCACCGGCCACCGAAGCUGCUGACGCGCUUUACGCUCUACUCCUUCUGCGAGCUCUUGCUAUGGCAGAGAAUCAAGACACACACCCGCUUGACCUUCACGAAGUCAAGUACAUCUGGGGGGAUUACUAUAUCCCGCCGUCUGGCGAGGCGAUAAGGCUUGGUUCUGUACCCUUGGGGCCUCAACACGAUUCCUUUGGCGGUAUGCCACAGACUCUGCCUUUUACUUUCAGCACGAACAUCCUGGUUCCCUUGCACAUGCUUGAAAAGAUGGACGUCAACAUCUUCGAGACUAGCGACAAAUACGACUUUUGGGUGUUCAACACCCUUUACGCUAAGUUUAGGGGAACGGCUUCUGCUCGACAAGGUCGGGAUGGGAAACCAGACGUAGGCGCCGUUCAUCCGCUUUGGUGUCUGGCAAACCACAGCUGCGAUCCGAACGUCGCCUGGGAGUGGGCGGGCAACAUGAGAUUCUGGGCAAGGAAAGAAAGAGUGCAAUGGGAAGGGAAGGAAGGCAAGAAGGAGCCUGGUUUGAACAAGGACGAAGAAGUGCUGAGCCACUACUGUGAUAUUGAGCUGCCGGUCAAUGAGAGACGGGAAUGGGCAGUUGGGGCGCUAGGCGAUGCACGUGGGAAGAAAAAGUUCAGACAUGCGUAUAGACGGCGAGCUUAGGAGAGAU